AGCACCACUACUAAUAAAAGCAGGAGGGAAACCCUUUAUUAUUUCUACUUAUAUUUGUUGAAUUGCACUACUACUACUACUACUUCUACUAUUGUUGUUUUAUCCCUUUUGGUACCCCUAGCAUAGAGGGCUUUUAAGAAAGGACUCUCUUCACUUAACCAAUAGAGGAAAGAGAGGAGUUGAAGACAUGGGAAGGGGUAAGGUUGAGUUGAAGAGGAUAGAGAACAAGAUCAACAGGCAAGUUACAUUUGCAAAGAGGAGAAAUGGUUUGCUCAAGAAGGCUUAUGAACUCUCAGUUCUUUGUGAUGCCGAAGUUGCCCUCAUCAUCUUCUCUAAUCGCGGCAAACUCUACGAGUUUAGCAGCACUUCCAGCAUGAUGAGAACUCUGGAGAAGUAUCACAAGUAUAGUUACAGUGCUCUCGAGUCUGGUCGACCAAUCAGUGACACGCAGACAAAUUACGAGGAUUAUAAGAGACUAAAAGACAAUGUAGAAGCUCUCCAACGUUCUCAGAGGAACCUACUGGGGGAAGAUCUUGCUCAAAUGAAUACAACUGAGCUGGACCAGCUUGAGAAUCAACUUGAGGUAGCACUCAAGAAUAUUAGGUCAACUAAGACUCAGUUUAUGCUUGACCAACUUGCUGAUCUUCAGAACCGGGAAAUGGCGCUUGUUGAAACAAAUAAUGUGCUAAGGAGUAAGAUGAAACAGUUAGAAGAACUGAAUAAUCACUCAUCAGAAGUGGCUUUGGAAGACGUGGGCCCCACCAUUCACUACAACCGCUUUCCUUCUCAAUCAGAUCACCCAUUUUUCCAACCUGUUCUAGGAGUUAAUUCCAACUUGCAAAUUGGAUACAAUCAGAGCAUUCAUCAUGAUGUGAACGUUGGAGCUUCAUCCUUAACUAUGCAGGGAUUCGUCUCUGGGUGGAUGCUUUGACUACAUUAAUGGCUGGAGAUAAUUGCAUUCCACAAAGACCAAAUGCAGUAUUUAGGAAUGGAAUUAAUGAUUCUACCAUAUUUAUCCUCAACUUAUAUAUUUUUUUUUUCCGUUUUUGCUUUUCCCUACGCACACUAUUAAUUAUUUACAAAAUGUUAUAAAUAAAUGAAAAUUGUUAGUAUAUAUAUCCUACGAAAAUACGAGAAUCCUAGAACGUUGUAUAAUUAAUUGUAUUAUUUGAAGUUAACACUUG